GCCCGCCCGCCCGGCCGCCGCUCCGCCCGGCUCACAGGAAAAAACUCCAGACCCAAAGAUGCUAACUACCCUGUGAGCUGGCCUGCUACUCACCUGGCUCUACUGUGAAGUUGCUCCUGAGAAGCGGGAUGACGACUCUUGUUCUUCACCUAAAUUGAAGAAACACUGCACUUUAAUCUCCGGCCUGUGCCAUCAGGCCCACUGAAGACAGGGUUUUGAAAUCUCAGCUAUCAAGUUUUCCAGCCAAAGUCUCAAUCUUGCCUUAACAAUGUUCCAGAGACUGAACAAAAUGUUUGUAGGUGAAGUUGCUUCUUCCAACCAAGAGCCAGAAUUUAGUGAGAAGGAAGAUGAUGAAUGGAUUCUUGUUGACUUCCUAGAUCCUUGCACUGGUUUCUCAGCUGAGGAAGAGGAGGAAGAUGAUGACAUCAGUGAAGAGUCCCCUGCAGAGCACACAUCAGUCUUCUCCUGUUUACCUGCAUCUCUGGAGUGUUUGGCCGAUACCAGUGACUCCUGCUUCCUCCAGUUCGAGUCUUGCCCAAUGGAGGAGAGCUGGUUCAUCACCCCUCCCCCAUGUUUUACAGCAGGUGGAUUAACCACUAUCAAGGUGGAAACAAGUCCUAUGGAAAAUCUUCUCAUUGAACACCCCAGCAUGUCUGUGUACGCUGUUCACAACCCCUGCCCUGGUCUCGGUGAGGCCAGCUGUGGGAAUGAGGACUACAACUCUAGCAGCCCCAGAAUGGGAGAGCACAUUCACGGCUGUGUAGCAGCUCUUGCUGCUCAGGCAGCGUUUCUGGAACCACCCAGGAGCUUCCGCACUUCCCAAUGGAUAAAAGGACAUAGUGAAAGACAGUCUCUGAACAGAAAUGGCCUUCGUCGCCAGAACCUUACCAGGGAUUGCCAUACUCGACAGGUGAAACACAGUGGCUGGGUGGUUCACCAGCCCUGCCCACGCCAGUACAAUUACUGAGAAUGUUGGUUUCCGUGGGUUUGUGCCCAUGUAUGUGGAUGUGUGUGUGCACACAAUGAAAAUGCUGUCUCCUUCCAGCCAACUGAAGACCAACUGCCUAGUCUAUCAGUGUGUCUAGACACAUCACAACCAUAUUUUGUGCUUUGUAUCACAUAAUGCCUUGCUCCUGACAAUUACUUUUAAAUAACCUUUUCAGAAUAUUUUUGGAAACAUAUCAAUACAGUUACAGUGUUUGGGGUGGUCUUUAAGUAUAGUAAGGUAUAUAUGAGUUAGUAUCUUACAAAUUUCAUCUAUCAAUUUUGUAUUAUUUAAUCUUUUGUGUAAGCAAAACUUUAUUCUCAGGGUCAGCCAUAUACUUUUGACCAGUACUUGGUAAGUCUUUUCUGUAUAUAAUGAGUACAUUUUUAUACACUAACAUGAGCAUUAACAAGUGAUUUUUGCCAUGGAUAUAAUGGAAUUAAUGGCUGAACUUACUUCUGAAAGAAAACUUGACAUAUUCUGUAUGUAUAGUUCUUUUUUCCCCAGAUUGGUCAUUGCAGUUUAUUGUGGAAUUCAGGUACAUUAACUUUGGUGAACAAAUGCAUUCAACAAUUCUGAUGUGACUCCAUAAUAUGGUACAGCUACUACAGCUAUCGUGGACAAAAGCACUUGUCUCAUAUGCAAAGGGGAAAUGGGACCUGUGAGAUGACAUUUGCAAUCUGUCUGCAGGUAACCCACAGAGCGGUCAGUCAGUAUUUGGAGGUGUCUAGAGUCUUAACUGCCAGCUCAGCUGGAAAUGCACAAGUGUUUGCCCAGGCACUUGGUGACUUCAUGUUCAUGUCUGCCCUUAAGCAAGGUUAACUCCUCAGACAUGGAGCCUGUCCUCCCAAGGGGAAAGCAUGGGAGACAGGACUUCUGGUGGCGUGUUUACAGCAUCCAAGUGAAGACUGAUGGAUUGGUUUCCUUGAGCUUUCAUUUUUUAACUUCACAAAAUCUUUAACCACUUUGGCCUCUGUUUCCUUCACAGCAGGGGAGUAAUAAUACUUACCUCCCUCACAGAGUUGUGAGGAUUACAUACUAAUUGGAAAUGGAGCUGUCAAAACUGAACUUUGUGUGAAUUUCCAGGGCCUUUCUAUUGAACCUAGUGGUGGGAGGCUAUGGCACUUUCUGCCAUGAUUAUUCUUCAGGGUUGGUGCUAAUGAGGCCAGAAUGCAGGGUUCCACUCACAUAGGCCAGUUAACUUGAUGUAGAGGAAAGUCCAUUUUCUUACUUCUAACUGGUCACUUCUUUUUAAAAGCAGUUUUGAUGGGUUUUAAUGAGCCAUCCACACUUGCAACCAACUUUCUGGAAAAUUAAACCCAUUUACACCUUAAAGCACAUUCUACUGAGAGUAAUAUCAUUACCUAUAUAAUCAAAGAGCUCAUUUCCCUAUCUCCUCUGCAACCCUAAUUAAACACUUGUUCAUGAAAUAAUUUCAAGGAAAAAAAGCAGCAUACUGUUAUGUGAAGUAGUAUUCCUGUAGCAGACUGAUGCAGGGAACCUUGGGAGACUUUCAGAGCUGCAGUUAGACAGUCAAGGGUCUUCUUAUACUGGCUGUAACAGGUGCCAGGACGUCUCUCUUAGAACAGGAAUCUAGAUUCCUUAUCCUUCCUUAAACCUUUCCAUACUGACUUCCCCUUUAUUUAUUUGUUUUCUAAUUAGGGGCCAAGUCUGUAGUUUGUCAAACUGAGAAGUCAUUUGUUACUGUUUGUGUUUUCAUGAAGGUUUGCAUGUUUUACACCAUGUUUGUUAUAGGGUCAUAUGCUGGUAACUUGAAAAUAGACCAGCUAUGUGUCUUCUGGACACAAGCUUCUAAAUACAUGUAAGCCUUUCCUAACCCCUUAUGUCACAUGCAAGUUGUGUCUCACAAGUUGGAAGUUCAGCCAUUAGAAUUUGUUUGGCCAGCGUGAACUGAUUUGUGUAUUAAACUGCAGUGGUUUUGUUGUUGUUGUUUUUAAACAACUUUCCCCUAGAUUUGUUCAUCCCCUUAAGUACAUUUACAUCUCUUUCAGUUACUGACUUCAUUUGCCUUGUCUGUGCCUAGUAUUUUUGCCUUGUUCCUAAUAACCAGCAAACGUAAAUUACUGGGAUUUUUUUUUCUUCAGGGUUAAAAUUACCAACCACAUCACCUACAGUAGGUAGCACACUGUGGUUCCUGUGUGAGAAUCUAAAGUUAUGUCUAAAAUUGGCACAUGUAAGAAUUGAAGAAAAAUUGAAGUUCUGUUAGGCAACUACUGUGUGUAAGACACAAGCCUAAUAACAAAGAACAAUGUUAACCUGUUAACUAUUUUUUGAAACAUGGCCAAAUGCAUUUUCUGAGUUGAUUAUUCACUGGUUAUCAUCAUUUUGCUGUUGUUGUUAACUACUAGUGGUUUGCAGUGUACUUCACUGGAAGUACAGGCAGUAAGAAGACCCCAAGGGCUGGAGAUGCAGCUUAGUGGGGAGUGCUUGCCUAGUGUGUGCAAUGUCCUGAGUGCCAUCUCCAGCACUGCAAACGCAACAGAGUAAGACUCCUGAAUUUAGGAGCUCUGGCCAUUUCUAAACUGAUAGCCUAGAAUGUUGCUAAGAAAGUCUGGAAUAUAUGGUGUGUAUCUGCCAUACAUCUGGAGUAUGGUUUUUUAGCUUUUACAGUGGACCUUCACAUUCCUCAAAGUUUGUGUUUUGUGUUAAACAUUUUAAGAGUGUGAAGCCCGUUAAUUACUAUUUCCUGAGUUAUACUCUGCCCUGUAUGUAGAUGCUUAGCUCACCAUAUUUAUCUUGGGGCUAUUUGUAUUUGUAUGGUUGAGUAGGUGCAGAGAUGCAAGGCUUUUUACUUCCCAUUGCAGGAAGUUUAAAAAAAAAUCCCAAACUCAUUAACUUUGUGUAUAUUUUUCCAAUUCCCACGCAGAUUGUCUCUGUCUUAUCAGCUCUUUGGUUCUAGUGAGAAGAGUGUUUACUUAAAACUUGCCAGGGCUCAUAAGCCUGCCUGUUGUUUUUGCUUCUCAAAUCUGUACAUUGGCUCUUCACUUCUGUUGAAAUCUGAAUUGCUUUGCUGUUUUGCUCCAUCCUCACAGAAGCAUACAGUCUUUGUAUACUCUUAAGACUAACAGAAAAGCAAGGAAGAGUAUCAUCUCUAUUCUCUCUCUCUUUUUGAGUUGGAAAAAACUAAGAAUGAAGGACUGCAACUAGAAGACACAUUUAAAUAGAUUAGUGGAGAAAGUUUCUACCUUUUUCUAUUUUAGAGACAAUGAAGAGACUGCUCCUUGUACUGAGAUACUACUAUGUUUCUAUUGUUGCCUUGAAGUUACUUUUUAUUUCACAAGGCCUAUUGAUACUAUUUGUUUUAAAUUCUUUAAAGUUAGGUAGUUCCACGCCAUCAGCCUCUGAUGCAUUUAUAAAUGGCAACUCUACCUACUUAUUCUAAUGUUGAAAUUAGACAUGAAUGCUUGUCUAUUUAACAAAUCUAUACAUAUGACAGUGUUGUCCACUUUGUCAUAGGCCAGUUUCUCUUGAAAUGUGACACCAAUUCAAGCAGCUUAGGUGCCAAGAGACACCAGGAGUUAGGUGCAGAUGCACCAGGAAGUGUCUUCUCUUACUGGCAACAGUAUCCUUUAUGUGGAAGAGAAGUUACUAUUCAGAGGAAGGCAACCUAAGUGGAUCUUCUGUGUAUCAUUGAUAAGUUUUCUUGUGAUAUUGAAAAAUGUCUCUGUUAAAUGAGUUUGGUUCUGUACUUUCCUGUUUUAGUAUUGUUUUCUAGGUGAACUUGUAAAAACCAGUGCUUAGUGAGGUUAGGUGUGUAUUUGGGGGCCUCGGGUAUGUGUGUGGUUUUGUUUUCCUCCAGAAGCUUUGAACUUUAGUCAAUAAUUGUGUGUGUUAUUUUUAAGAAGUGGCUUUAUUUCUUUCCUCUAGUAAAAUUGUGAACACAUUUGCCUUCUGAAGGCAGGGUAUGAGAAAAAGUAUUGUAGGUUGUACUGUGGACCUUUGUAACGUGUUUAUGGGCACAGUUGUUUCUCUCAUCAACUUGAAAACAUAAAAGGGACAUUUUGGUUAGGGUAUAUAUACUGUACAUCAAUCUAUGCAUAAAUGGCAGCUUGUUUUCUUGAGCCACUAUCUAAUUGUUUUUCUGUUUUUAUACAUUUUUUAUACUGAUUGGGUCACAGAUGGUCAGUUUUAUACCGAAUGAACAGCACAGCACUUUGCCAAAAACCCAUGUAGCAUUGCUUAAACAUUGUGUAUUAACACCAGUUCUUUGUAAUGGGUUCAGUAGUGCAUUUUGCACUGCUGGGAGUUGCGGUUUUUUAAUCUGUCAAUAAAUAAAACGUCCUUUAAUUGAA